AUGACUCGGUCUCCGAUCCCCAUCACCAGCGAUGGCUCGGUUAUGAAGUAUUCGGAUCACGAACCAUCACCAACGCCUUCCCUCCUCAUCACCACCUCUGACUCGGCCAGAUCGGCAAUCCAAUCACGAACUAUCACCCACCACCUUAUCCACCCGUACCCCAUCGCUGCAGAUGACUCGUCCAGUCACCAACCCUCGCUUGGUACACUGGUCCACAAAAUCAUACAAUCUCACUCAGCCGAUGGAUAG